AUGGGGCGUAGGAAGAUAGAGAUGAAGGUGGUGAAGGACACAAGCUGUCGCCAAGUUACCUUCUCGAAGCGGCGGACCGGCCUUUUCAAGAAGGCGAACGAGCUCGCCACCCUCUGUGGCGCAGAGGUGGCCGUCGUCGUCUUCUCCCCUGGCGGAAAGCCCUUCUCCUUCGGGCAACCGAACGUCGAGUCCGUCGCUGACAGGUUUCUAAAACAGGAAUCGAAACCGAACCGUGACAAGGCAGCCAUUGCAGCGGCUGUGCCGUCGAAGAAUAAGAAGAACAAUGCUGCGGCAGCGGCCGCGGCGGCUGCAACGGCGGAGAAGCUGAACCAGCAACUGAACGAGCAGGUGAAGCAGUUACAGGACGAGAAGAAGCGGGGAGAGGCGCUGGAUAAGGAAAUAGCGGCCGGAGAAAAAGCGGCACCGAUCGAUAUCGGCGAUCUAGGGUUUGAAGAUCUAAAGAAACUGAAGAGGUCUUUGGAAGAGCUUCGUGAGAAAGGGAAGGAAAGAGUUGGUGAGAUUGAGGCGUCAUCGACAUUGUUGAUGCUGUCCAAGGAUUUCAGAGGCUGA